UGUAUUUCACAACUGUUGACAUUUUGUAUUCUUUAUCGGUUGACGUUCUAUCGAAUUUCGAAGACAUAUGCACUUUAUCUUUCUUAAUUUCACGUAAAGCAAGAGCGUUGAUCCGAAACAGAAAUGUUAAUAGAAGACAUUGUUCCUGUGUCUUUAUUUUUAAAUCAACCAAUUUAUCUCGGAAAGAAAACAGUCGAUUAGUUUUAUUUGAAAAACAAGCGGUACGUAAAUAUUUCGCAAAACCGUGUCGAUUGUUCAUAAAACUAUUUGAGACGAAGCGUACAGAGAACGUUUUGAAGACUCUGCACGGAUAAUUGCUAAUCUAGCAGUGGAACGAGUCGUUUAGCGUAUGUGGCUCACGUAUAUACACGCUUGAUUACGUGAACGACGCAACACUUACGAGAUAUACGUACAGUACAUGGUAUAGUCAGCGUUAUUACUUUGUAGUUCAAGGCUUGUCGAUUUAGUCGACGUAAUUAACAGAUCGAAUCCGCGAUAGAACGAUUCAACGGUGAUAUUCCCAGGAAAGUAGCAGAAAGGAAGAAAAGGAGAGAUGGUUGUUUUGUUCUGCCAUUGCCAGUCGAAGUCGAUUUCUUUUUCUUCUCGGCUUUCAUAUCUACAACCCAGGGAAAUACGUAUACGCAGAACCACGGUUUACCACGUCUCUACACGGGUACUCGUCUUUCCACCUGUGAACAGCUAUCGCAGGUACAUCAUACAUCAGUUGGUGCAAGACCGUUUCGCCGAUCUGCACACGUUCUCAGUAGGCCAGGGCAGUGCAAGGCGGACCGUUGUUUGUUACAAAAGUGACGUGAUAAGGGAUUCAAAAUUGAAUGGUGUAGAGCCUACACCAAAUUGUACAACGAAAAAUAGCAGUUCAUUGUUAGAAAUGGGCGUUGAAAGGCUAUCACGAUCGUCCUCUGCAUCUCCGGAACGUGUGCGAGUUCAAAGACAAGCAAAGUCAACGCCGGCCGUUGAAAUUUAUAGGCCACCAGCUGCUAGGAGAGCCAAGCAUGAAAUUCAAACAAACGUGGACCAAGUACUAGUACAACCGGCCGCAGAUUCAUCCACUGCGAAAACUCCUCGUCAGAGAAGGCCAGAUCGUGCAGUCUACGUACCGAGGCAUCGUAGAAGUCUGGAAACGGAAGGAAAUGUUCAACCAGUUGAGUCUAUUCGCGUGAAUCGUACGGCCAAGGAGAUUUCUCAAGGACAAUCGAAAUCAUGUCCCGAUACUAAACCGGAAGAUUCUGAUGUGCAACAAAACGCGAAACAUGUGAAAAAGGGAUCAAACGAAUGUCUUGAUAGAGAUCGAUCUAACUCAGAACCGAAGAUUAACGAGCGUAUUGAAGUAACUUCGAAGGAUAUAUAUUCUUCAACUGAUUUAAAAGCAUCUACAGUAGAGAUUAGUAACAGACAAGUAGCUGAGCAAUUAGAGGAUGUGCCAAAUGAUUUAAAUAGUUCUACUGCACUCGAAAUUGUUUGCGAGAUAAGUAAUACGUCUGAAUCGCAAAGCGAAAAGCAAAUACCCAGAGAUUCUAGUGAAAAUAAGGAUAGUUUAGACACAGUCGACAUAUGUACAUAUAGCGAAAUUAAUGUUAAUGAAGAAGUAGAUAGACCUGAUAAGUAUAAGGACGACAAUAUCGUGACCAAUACGAUCAAGAACAAUAACAAGAUAAAUACGGAACUCUCGAAUAAAGAUGAAAUAACGAAUCAAAGAAACGCGCAGAUGACGCGUCACAAUAUGGUGUCGAACGUGUUAAUUAUUUCCGACACUAAGAAUAAAAAAGAACCAAAAACGAAAGUUAACGAAGUCAUUCCUGUUCCUAUGCCGCCGCCGGAGAAGAAGGUAAAGAAAGUGAUUCGACAGAGAAGUAAACCGGCGCCACCGCCUUCUCCACCUGUUAAAAAAAUAAACAGGGACGAAUGUGAUUGGGACAGCUUGUUCGACGACAAUGGUGACUGUUUGGAUCCAACUCUGAUAGAAGAGUUAACGUCGGCUGUCGGUGACGUUAUGAUAGAACAACCGAAGAACGAUUACAAACCAUACAGCAAACACAUCGAAGUAUCUAGCGAUGAAUUUGCGCACGUUCUUGAAAUAUACAAUUUCCCAUCCGAAUUUAAAACUAGCGAUCUAGCGGCAGUUUUCAGUCCUUUCAAAAAUGGUGGCUUUGAAUUAAAGUGGGUAGACGAUACGCAUUGCCUGGGUGUCUUCAGUAGUCCUCUUGUUGCCGCCGAGGUAUUGGCGUCGGAUCAUCCCUUCGUUAAAACUAGGCCGCUGAGCGAGGCAACUGCUUUAAGCAAAACUAAAGCGAAAAGGAGCGCUGAAUUUUUGCAGCCUUAUAGAAGUCGCCCGGAAACGUGCGCGGCGCUGGCUAGACGUUUGGUUACGGGUGCUUUAGGCGUAAAACUGGCCACUGCUAGACAGGAACGCGAACACGAAAAGAACAUAUUACGCGAAGCUAAAGAGAAGCGUAGAUUAGCUAACAAACAAAGGGAGGAUGCCUGGGAAGGCAUUAUACCCGAGAAGUAGCACUCUUUGAUGGUAACGUAACGAUUAUAUAUUAACAUAAUAUAUAACGGAAUUGUUUACACCACUGUGUAAGUGUUUAAUGACAUUUACAUACAUUUGUGCCUUACUCAUCUAUUCUCAUCUUUGACAAACACAUUUUUGUCGAACUUGAUUUGGCGACUGGUUUUGGGAACACAUGGGACGAUCGCUUACCGAUAGAUGAGUGCGGCAUGACAGAACCAUCGAGUAACCGAUAUUAUAGUUGCUUACGACUGACAAAAUCAGUUUCUCCCAGCGCUUGUUUCUUUUCUACGUAUUGUGCAUAUCACGAUGUUGAUCACAGACAAGGUGGAUAUGAGAGCGUGCCUGUCAUACUAUUUUUUAACGAAGGGGUAUUAAGUAUUUUAAGUGGACCGCCUAGUUGGAGGCGAUUUACAGCCUUGACAUAUUAGAGAACUAUUGUAGAAAAGCAGAAGUAGAAAAUUUUAUGAUAUAUACGGUUAUUCUUACCUCGACAGUUGCCUCUGUUAUAAAUUUAUAUAUGAACCGACAAACAAUGCUGUGUUGUGUAAUGAUAAUACGAGACAAUAAGUUAAGGCGAUAGAAAAUGAGAAUAUCCUUUUACACGUGUACGUGUAACCGUGCAUAUAAAACGAUAUGUAAUCGAAGUGUGCGUGUCCUCUCAAAGUUAUAAUUUCGCGACAAUGAGAACUACAUGUUAACGAAAUAAGACCGUGGAAUUUUUAUUAUUGAUCGGAGCGUCUGAUUAUUUGUAUUUACGAAUCGUAUGCCACUUAUUAUAUUAUAUAUACAAUAUAUAAAUCUGUUACAUGAAUGUUAAAAAUCUGACGCACAAUCACAAUCUACGAAACAUGAAUUACAGAUUCGCUAAGGAAAAGAAUAAUUCAAAACAGAUUGUAUUUUUCUAUACAAUUGUUACCACGAACAGAGGAAUAAAGAUUAUGUAUCGCCAAAUCCUAGUCAAUGUAUGCAAGAGACGUGUUACGUAUAUUAUAUAUUAUAUUGUCGAAUUUUGGUGAACAAGUUGGCAAGGAGACGAAG